AGGUUCUGCUCGCUGUGGCGUGGCUUUACAGCGACCGCAUUGCAUGACGCUCCGAGCAGAUCUGCAACGCUUCGUGCACUUUGCAGCGAUGCACAUGAAACGGAGUCCCAAGCGAUCCUUGCAAGCGGCGCUUUGUGACUGGAAGUUGCCGCAGAUUUUUGUCGCUUCGGAUGUCACCUGCAUUCGAGGAUCUCAAGGUGAUGGCUAUCCUUUUUUGGAGAGGCCUUUUCAAUUCCACGUUGUGGGCAUGGCACUGUGGACUGCUCGCCCGCGUCUUCGCACUGAGAGAGAUUACCAGGGGGAACGAAUGACCAUGUAUUGUGAUUCGGAUGAUGCCAAAGCGUAUGAAGUUCGUUUGGAACUUUGUGCCCAUGCAGCACUUUUAGCUGCAGGUGGCAUUGAAUUGCCAAAAGAGGAGAAACCGGUGCUUGUACUUCCUGUGAUUGGACUUGGGGGAAGCUCCUUUCAUCCUCAGGAUGCCGUAGUGCUCGCGCUGAAAUCCUUUCGUCGAAGAUUCACUCAGUUCUUUCACUCAAUUUACAUUUGUUGUGGAGAUCGUGGUCCAAACUAUUCCUUGUCCGACUUCGUUGAGUCUGCCGUGAAUCGCAGCGCCUACAUGAUGGCUCUGAACGACUCAUUGGCUGCCAAAGCCUUGCCGUGGCACUGGGACCAGAGGCCUUUUUGUGUCCGUGGCAUCGAUGGGAUUUUUGCAUCGAAAAACCGUUGGAUGGGCCGAGCCCCGUCUUUUGAUAUCUUCGUACGGCGGUUGAAUGGGCCAGCCUACGUGGUGACAAUCAAGGACGACCGCCGAAGUGCGGAGAGGAAGCAGAUCGUUGAGAAAGCGGAAGUGCACCAUGGAUUUGGCACUCUGCGCGCGUCUCAUCAUCGGAAGAAACUGCAAGCAGCCGACGAGCUGAUCAAGGCUCAAAGACGCGAGGGCAAUUGGCCAGCGGACAUGGUGCACGUGAAACUUGGAGGUUUACGUGACAAUUUGGAGCUAUCCCCGGAGUUCGAGGAUGUGCAGAUGUCAGAUUUGGAGCGAAAUCGAAAGAGUCUGCAGGCGCUGGAUGUGCCUGGGUGGAUGUGCAUCCCAGUCAGACCCAACGACUAUCUAAGUGGGGCUUGUCCCUACAAAAAGGGGUUGGAUUAG